AUUACACAUUUUCUUAAAAAUAUCCCAGGGUUACUGGUCGUCUUCAAAGUAGUCUGUAUUACUAGGGCUUUGCUUUGGCUACCCCGCCACAUUUACUGAAUUGAGCCAGCCAUGGCGUCAGUAUUGGUCCACUCGCGGUCAAAGGCCGCUUCACUACUCGGAAGAGGACACAGAGGUCAAGCUAGCUUAAACGUCUGCCCAACAGCAGCGACACGGGGGCACGGCCAACCAGGACUGGGCAGGCCACGAAGCCACGGCUCUCGCUCCGCGUUGGGGGAUGGCGAUGGCGGACUGCUGUUUCUUGACAACGGCGAGUGCCUGGCGUUCCCAAAGAAGCGCACACAGAUUGGUCCCUGCUUCGACCUGAGCUGGGAGGACGCCCUGCGGGUGCAGCUGGAGGCGCUGCAGCACAACAACAACCCCUACCCGGACCACGGCGUCGAGGUGAUGUACCGGUUCGCGAACUUCGACCCCUUCCAGCGUACAAAGUACUUCGGGAGGAGCUUGGACCUCGGGCAGUUUGAGCGCUUCCGCCGCGUCAUGCACUCGCCCUUCCACGCCACGCUGCUCGACAACUCGGGCUGGGAGGUGCUGUCCACGUUGCAGCUGAGCGAGACGUGCUGGUGUGCGCGGGUGCGGGUGUGGGACACGCACCGACUGGAGGAGCGGGCGUACGCCAUCACAUUGACGCAGCGGCUGGGCGGCUGCUAUGACGGCUACUGGUACACGGACCGCUGGGUGUGCGAGGGCCAGGACGUCAACAAGCUGUGGGCCGACUGAGCCGCGGGAGAGGGCAGAGGGAGCCGGGCGAGCGCCGUAGCAGCAGCUGCUGCUGCGGGGGAUGGGGUGGCGAAGGCCUCAGCGGUUUGCACCAUAAGACAGCGUGUUCCGUACAUACCCAGUGUGUGUGUGGCCUUGGACAUGGCCAUGACCAGAACGGCCCGGAAGCAGUGCGGAGGCGGUGCCACCCUGCCUGCGCGGCGGCGCUGGUGCAGUUGGUGGCGCGGGCCGCGGGUGGAGGGGAGGGGAGGGUGGAGGGGCCGGCACGGCGCGCAGCCGGCUGGGGCGGAGGGCGGGGCCGAGGCCGCGUCAGCAUGGGAAGCUGGGCUGUGCGGUGCCGGCGGAAGAGGGAGGGGGAGUGAGGCACGGCUCCACGGCGCGGCGUGACCAGACCCCCCGGGGCGGUGCGCCAGGCCGCGCGAGCCCGCGUGUGUAUGUGCACGUGCUUAUGUACAACAGUAGCUUGUAACUGUACUUGAGGACAGGUAGCGGCUAGUCGCGUCGCUGAUGUAGAUAGCGUCCCUCUCGCACGUGUUGUUUUGGGUGUUGCGCACAUGGCCUGGCGGUGCAGGAGGCGCACGCGGCCAGCCGGGACUGAUCGCCUCGUGUGCGCGGCUUGGCUGAGCGGCGCGGGCCCAGUGCGGGCCCAGGGGCGGACAUCAACGGGCGUGUUGGCACAGCACAAGGCGAAGCGGUCGCAGUUGUGCGGGCAAGUUGUCAGUUGUGUGUGGGCACGCGUUUCGCGCCCCUUCCCUCUUGGGGACGGCGCGUUUGUAUCAUGCUGUAGGACCAUCGAGUGCUGUGCAGUGUGUGUCCCCGUCCGCCUGCCAUGUGAUAUGUGUUGCCCGGGCGGCACUUCGUUGUACGGGGGAACAAUGUGACGCCGUAUUAAGACACAUUGGUUUGUUUGUACCGGUAGGCCAUCUUUGUAUGUCAUUCAAUUGUAUGUAGCAACAAAUCUUGGCGGCCGCAUGGCAAGGCAGACCCGCACGGCGCUGCGGCGGAGGCGGGUGUCGGCCUGUUGCCGCGCCGUCCUUCCUUGUACCUGCUCAAGCGGUGACCGCGUGCGGCCGGAGUGGGCUCCCCUCGUGGGCGCCGCCACCCAGCCGCAUAUCAUUAAGUUCGGUCGGGUAUGCUGAAGAGUACGGGUGGGCUACAAUUCUGCGGCCACAAGUGAACAUGGUGAUGGAAGACGAUGAGCUGAUGCUAUGUAUUGGACAGUAGUACUGAGGAAGUUUUUUGGGGGGGCUCAUGGAAAUGGAAGGCAGCUGUUGAGCUGCGCUGGCUGCAUGGUGGGCACGAAGGACCACGGGCAGGGCGCAGGAAGCGAGAGCAACAAGGCAAUGUUCAUGUGAUGGACGAGUAUAGAUUGUACCCCCGCACGAAUGCAAUCCUUUUUGCGCAACAGUUCCGGAUCUUAACAAGGAGGUGGCUGCCUUAUGGCAGGAAAAGGGCUGAUCCCGGGUCGUUAUCAACCCAGCCACCUUGACGCGGGCGCCUACUAAGCACACGCCUCUAUGUUGGGGGCCUUUGGCAUCCCCGCAAAUCCGGACGUGGCCGGUUGGGUGGGGUGCACAGUCCGUGCUAACCCGCAGCUAACAAACUAGUCACGUCACUCGCCGCCAAUCGACACGUGCACCCUCAGCCCCACGCCCUGCUAGCGCCGUUCAGGCUCUCAGCCCGGCCCCGCCACCGCCGGCGGCCAUGGCGGCCGCUGCAGCUUGGUCGGCCGCUCGAAGCCCAUCAGCUUCAGCAGGAGGAGCACACGGAUCACGUUGGCGGCGGAGACGUCGCGGUUCUGGGGAUGGGGAACGGGGAGGAAGAAGAGAGCGCACAUGAGCUGUCCCAACCGUCAACCUGUCAAUCAAUCCGUCCCCAGUGCCCAGCCGUCCCCGCACAUGCACGGUCCUCACCCAGGUCGUCAAGCAGUCGUUGCAGACUUUGACCGACCAGGGCCGCUGCCCCUCCUUCAGCCCCCCAAGCCGCUUGAUGGCCAUCUCCUGACACCCGCAGUUGUAGCAGGUCUGCAUGGUCG